AUGGACUUGAAUAAAAUUUCUGAUUCAUUGACAUCUCCAACCUCCUCAUCAGCCACUUCACGUUCUUCCUCCAUCUCGGGUUCCGACUCCCUCACCUCAUCUUCCUCUUUGACAUCUUCUCGUAAUUCCAAUCCACGUUCUUCACUUUCCGAGGCUCUUCAUAAUGAAUCUGAUAAAGAAGUGGAAGUAGAGGAGAGUAAGGAGAUCGAAACUUCUCCUUUACAGAAAUCCUCUGGCUAUAGGUAUCUUGACAAUGGAUUACCUUGUCCUCGAGUAUCUGCUGCGGCUAGCACAUCUAAGAAUCGCUCAAUCCGCAGGCAUCGUCGCAGAUCCACUGUUGCACCUUCAAGGCCUAAGCGCGCCAAAAGGGUAUCUUCAAGUCGGCGAUCAAAAGUUGGCUCUUUAUGUCGAAGUGCUAUUAGAGGAAGUGAUAAUUACCGCUACAGAAAUCCCGCUUCCCGAACAGACUACGUUCUACCAAGCAAGACUGCCCGACCGAAGCGAUCUCGGCGCCUGACCCGGGUAGCUCGGGAGGCCGUGGAGUCAGGCCAAACGGCCAGGCGGGAAUUAGGUUUUGAUGCGGCUGAUGAUAGAGCUGAGGAGCGGCCCAGUAAGCGGCCGCGGCGUGCAGCAGCCUGUCGGAAGCGAUAUUGGUUUGAUGAGACGGAUUACGGAGAAGAAGAAGAGGGCCUGAACGUUCAGGAUGAUGAUAGAUUCAGUGAUGAAGAUUAUGUGGGCCAGGGAGACACUGAUCUAGUUCGUUAA